CCGGGGUGCUGCGGGGGGCUCGGAGCCCCGGAGCGGCCGCGGGGUGCGCGGAGCCUCCGGGAGCACGGAGUGCACGGAGGGGCUGCGGGGACCCCCCCAAAGCACAGAGUGUCUGCAGGGUGUUGGGGUCCCCCAAUGCAUGCUGUGGGCAUGGAGCGCUCCAGGGUGACGGGACAAGCUCUGGGCUGCCGGGACCUCCAGUACACAGUGGCUCCGGGCUGCCGGGACAGGAUCUGGUGUGCCGGGACCCCCAGUACACUGAGCGGCCAUGGGGUGCACGGAGCUUCCCAGCGCAUGGAGAGGCUGUGGAGAGCACGGAGCCCCCAGUACAGUGAGAGAUCCCGGAGUGAGGGACUGGCUCCGGGGUGCCGGGACCCCCCAGUGCACGAGGGGCCGCGGCGUGUGUGGAGGCUCCCGGUGCACGGACGGAGCUCGGGGUGCACGGAGCGACUCCGGGGUGCAGAGACCCCCUAAUGCACGGAGCUGCCACAUGGUGCACGGAGUCUCCGGAGGCACGGACGGGUCCUGGGCUGCGUGGAGCGGCUCCGGGAGCAGGGACGGGCUCCGGGCGCUGGGACUCGGAAUGCACGAAGGGGCCGUGAGUUGCACGGAGUUCCCCGGUGCACGGAGCAACUCCGGGGUGUCAGGACUCCACAAAGCACAGAGCGGCCGCGGGGUGCGCGGAUUUUUGCAGAGCGACUGUGGAUUGCGGGAACAGGCUGUGAGCUGCCGGGACCCCCCAGUACACGGAGCGGCGGUGAAGUGCACGGAGCUUCCCCAUGCACGGACAGGCUGCGGGAUGCACGGAUCCCCAGCACCCAGAGCGGCUCUGGGGUGCCGGGACUGCCCAAAGCACGAAGCGGCCGCAGGGAGUGCCGAGUCCCGCGGUGCACGGACGGACCUUGGGACGCAUGGAGCGAUUCUGGGGUGCAGGGACACCCCAAGCACAGAGCAGCCGUGGACUCUCCCAGAGCACGGAUUUCAUGGAGCUGCUACGGGUGCAGGGACAGGUUUUAGGGUGUUGGGACUCCACAAUGCACAGAGGGGCUGUGGAGGACACAGAAUCUCUGGUGCAUGGAUGGACGCUGGGGUGCACAGAGCAGCUCUGGGGUGCUGGGACCACACAAAACACAGAGUGGCCACAAAACAUAGGGGUGCACGGAGCCUUCCAGUGCACGGCCAGACCCAGGGCUGUGUGAGGCAGGGACAGGCUGUGGAGUGCCGGGACUCCACAGUGUAUGGGAUGUACUGAACUUCCCAGGGCAUGGAUGGGUUUCAGGUGGCACGGACUCCUGCAGCGCAGAGAGCAGCCCCAAGAUUCAUGGAUGCAGUGGGGGGUACUGAGAAUAACUCCACACUGGGAGCAUGAACAGUCCUGGGUGCAAAGAGGGACCCUGGGGUGCAUGGAUAGGUCCUGCUGAGCCUCUUUCUCCUUCGCUUUGGACUUCACUCUCUUUAGCUGAGGCGAAGGGAGAAAACUGCUUUUCCUUCCCCAGCGUGUGCCUCCCUAGCAGCAGCUUCAUGCCUGAUCCAGCUCAGCGCUGUGUAUGCCGAAUUUGGGGUAAUGUCUGCACCUCCAGACUUUCACUAUGCACCCUCCUGCACAGGCUGGGCUGUGGUGGGAGUUCAGGCUAAUGCCAAGUACUGCUUCUUUCUCCAAAUCCAGGAUGCGCUGCUGCUACGCCCCAUUUUUGGGCACCCAGGCAAGGAGCAACAGUCCCUGACCAGGGGAUUCUGUCUUGUCCUCUGCGGGGAGGGAAAUGCAGCCAGGGGCUCUGUGUCAGAUAGGGCUGGAGCUGGCUGAGGUUUGGCACAGCCUGGUUUGGAAGCUCAAGGAUCAACGGUUACAGUCACGCAGGGCUUAUCGCAGCGUCCCUGCCAGCCCUUUCGCAAUAGCAGUGGUGAAAUCGGGGUGAGGAGUUCCUGCUAAGAAUGUAGAUAUUAGCAGUUGGGGGAGGAAAAAAAAAAUCCCUUUUCCUUCCCGCUCCCCCCUCGCUGGGGUAGCGUUUUGAGGUUCAGUUGUGAUGGCUUCCCUUAUGUCCCGUGAAAGUUUUGCUUGUGUAGCUGUUCCUCUGAGCAGUCUGUACCUGCCUGAGACCCAGGCCAGCACUGUCAAAAAUGAACAGUCUGUGAGAUGGGGGAGCCUGGGGGCUCUGGCAGUUGCAUAAAAAUCCUCUUUCUUACCCAAGGCAAGGCCCAAAUUGUGCAUUAGGGGUCGUGGGAGGAAGGACUCGUUUCAAAAGGUGUGGAGCCAACACACCACUGUUGCUGUGAGGUAUCAUAAAUGGGGGCUGCUUUGAUUUGGGGUAAACCCAGUACUUUUGGACUUCAGCAGUGAAAUAGCUGGCCUUUGUGCUGUUUUAUGGCCAGGCAAACUUAGGAUAAUGUUUCUGGCUGUGUCCCAGCUAAUUAAAGGUCAAUGUCCAGCUUGUGGUGCCGGUUAAGUAAAUUAGCAGUGUGUGGGGUAACACUCCAAUGCUUGUGCAAACUGGCUUCAAGGAAUGGUGGAGAAGGAGCUCAGGGUCACUGCCCAGGAGCUGGAUGGGCUCAGCUCUCAGUUUGCACGGGCAGGGGGCAGCUGCUGUUUGUGAUGGAUAUGUUUGUGUUUGCUCCUUAGAGCUCUGGUGGGGAGCAAUGUUAUCUCUGAAAGCAAAGCUAACGCUUCCCUUGCACAGCAGGGACGUGUGGGAGAUACCAGGGUUUGGUUCUGCUGGACAAAUCUCUCUUGAUUAACUGUGCCAUCAAUCUGUGGCACUGGGGGCUUGGGGCUGCUGCUGGAUGAGGCUCCUCACCUGGCACCCACCUUCACACCCAUCCCUGCCUUGCCAGGACAGCAGCUCCUUGUGUGGCAGAUGUCAACCUGGGUGUGGGAGGGGGGAUUAGGAGAGGAUAACUUUUCUGUUUUUCUUUUCUUUUAUUUUUUUAAAAUUAAAGCUAGAUCGGUGUGUUUACAAACCGCACUUGUCCCUGGGCAGCUGCAGGAGCAGAGUUCCCCAGGUCUGGAGUGGACACUAAGAGGGCCAGCCCCAGAUGCCAUGGACUGUGGGGCUGUGACAGCCUGGGGGAGUGGGGCUGGCACAGGGCUGGGGCUUUAGAGCUGUAAGCUGCUUGGGGAGAGCUGGCUUUGCGUUUAUACAACACCUCUGAGGGCGGGCCCUGUGAGCGUGCCUCUGUUAGAAAUGAAAUUACAGCUACUGCCCUGUGUCCCACUGCCCCAGAGAGACUGAGCAAACCUUGGGCUUUGCUCUGUAUUUAUCUACUGCUUUUCGAUGGAGCUCUUUGUUGUCUGACCUUGGAAGCUUAGGUGGGACUGGCCAGUGCCUGUGUGCUGCUGGUGCUGCUCCAUGUGUGUUGCCUUGUUGGCUUCUGUGGUGCUGGGCAGUGACUUUAGGCCCUUGGGGUGGCUGAAAAAAUGCUGCCCACUUCACCCAAAAGGGUCCUCAGCUGUGCUGUGGUUCAGUGCCUGGGUUUUAUUUGGUGGGCUUUUGGUAAGCAACUUGAAAUGUAAUUCUUUUUUUUGCAUGAGGUGCUGCUCCUCAGUGCUCUGCUUUUCACCAGUGUUUGCCCUGCCCCUGUGUUUAAAAUGUUUUGUGGUUGGUUUUGCCCCUGGUCUGGCUGGAGUUUGAGCUGAGGAGGGAGAGGUGGGAGUCACGGUAAGGCAGGGGCUGUGACAGCACCAGUUUAGACUGAUUAAAAGUGCUGCUUCUCCUCUAAUCACUGAUAACUGGAUUGGCUGGGACCCUUGUGAGCUUUUCCUGCCUUACUACAGUGGAGUUGCCCAUGCUGAAGCUUUCCCCAUCC